AUGACGGAGAAUGAAUUGGCAAACAUCGACGAGGAGCAGCCGGUGCGUCUGAGCGUCACCCUGACGCUGACGCCGACGCUGGACGUGCGCUGGCAGACUGUGCUCUGGCGGCAGCGACUCUACGUGCAGGUGCCCGACGGACUCCUGCCCGAGGGCUCCAAGGAGGGAUUCGUCUCUCUCUUGGAGUUCGCCGAAGAGACGCUGCAGGCCACUCACGUCGUCAUCAGCCUGAGGAAGAACAGGGAGGACCGCGCCAGUCUGGUGCGCACCUUCAUGUUCCUCGGGUUCGCGCCGAUCGCGCCGGGAAGUGACAUCAUUCCCGCUCGCGGCGACCAGGACCAUCUGUACCUGGCCUACGCCAUCGAGUAG